AUGAGCUGCUCGGACGUGGCCAUGCAGCAGCCCGGCACGGCGGCGUGCGGCGUGCCCCGCUACGUGGGCCCGCCCGCGAGGGGCUGCCCGCAGAAAUUAGCUGUAUACAACAAGAUGCAGGAGUCUCUGGAAGUGACCCUUCCCAGCAAGCAAGAAGAGGAUGAGAAGGAUCAGCCAGCUGAGAUGGAGUACCUGAACUCUCGCUGCGUCCUUUUCACCUACUUCCAGGGAGACAUUGGUUCAGUAGUGGAUGAACACUUCUCAAGAGCCUUGAGCCAAGCCAGUAGCUUCAACCCAGAAACUGCCCUUACCAAGAGCAAGGCAGGGCUAAGUCCUUUGUGGAGAGAAAACUCAACAAUAUCAAGCCAAAGGAGCAGUUUCCCAACUUCGUUUUGGACCAGCUCUUAUCAGCCUCCCCCACCACCAUGCUUAAGUGGAGUACACCCCGAUUUCCCCAUUACUGCACCAGGCACCUUCCCAACACCAGAUCCCAGCAGCUGGCCAGGACACAGCCUUCAUCAGACUCCACCUCCUCCUCCCCCUGCUGCAACUGAAUCCUGGCAUUAUCCUUUAGCAUCUCAGGUGAGCCCUUCAUAUGCACACAUGCAUGACGUGUACAUGCAUCGCCAUCACCCUCAUCCACACAUGCACCAUCACCAUCCCAGUUCGCACCGCGACCCCCGCUAUGGGUCUCUGCUGAUGCCUUCAGUACGUGCAGCCAGGAUUCCUGCUCCUCAGUGUGACGUGACUAAGACAGAUCCUGCUGCUGUCACCAGCGCUACCUCAGCAUGGGCUGGAGCCUUUCAUGGAACGGUGGACAUUGUGCCAAGUUUUGGGUUUGAUGCAGGUCUACAGCAUCAGGACAAGAGCAAGGAUUCUUCUUGGUUUUGAAGUCCAGAUAUAACUUAAGACCAGCUAGAGCUGGAGUCAGUGCAGCUUGGCGGGUGACAUAACCAUCGCUGACUCUUUUGCAUGGGGCAAAGGACACAAGUGAAGAAGAAGAGCCAACCAUUCUCGUUUUGCUAUUGAGCCUUUUAAUUGCAAGGCCACUUAUGGGUCCCACAGUGUUGGAAAAUGAACAACAGAAAAACAAACUUGCUUUUCUUUCUUUCCUCAUCUGAGCCUGCUGCAGCUGGGCAACCUAACUCCUUUCUGCUCCUUUAACAGUGUUUUGUUUCGUUCAGCUUGAUAUCUUUAUGAACAGUCUCAAAUGUCGGGAAGAAGACUCCCCUGACUGCAGUGCGCCUCCUUUCAGGAAUACAUUAUUUUGUAGCUCUUUGUGCAUCUAUUUUUGUAGAAAUACAGAAAGUUUGGUUAAGGAUUGAUGGGCUAUUUUAGGAUGGCAUAUUUUUUUUAAAAAAAUUGUAAAAAUUGUUAAGUUCUGUUUAAAGAACUUGCUCUCAGAGAAGCACUGGCAAAAAUGUAUAAAAUGCUAUUUUUAGAUGUCUGUGAUGUGUUUGUGCAUUUUGUUUUUGUUUUGUUUUGUUACCUCAAGUGUCUAUCUUUCCCUACUUUUUAAAGAGCUAAACCUUCCUUGUUUCCACAUUGCUAGAUCUUGAUGCUUUUGUCCUUUUGUUCUAGUUUAAGCAAGUAUAAUUCGCACCUAAAGUUUCAGCCAAAUAUUUUUCUUGCUGGUGUUAGAUUCUAGUAAGGGUGUUUUUGUUCUUGUUUCUAAAGAUGGCUUUGUGCUGUGCUGUCAGAAACUUGCAAAUGCCUUUAGCAUGGAUCAUAGGGUUGCAGGAACUGCAUUUCCAACCCAUCCCGUCUUUCAAAAUGGACCAAAUACUUUCACGGAUUUGAAUCAGACUUGAGUUUGGACCUCAUCUGUGAUCCAUGGAGGCUGAUGAAUGCAGUUGUCUAUGAGUUACACUUCAGGCUCUCGUAGUAAUCAUAAUUACCAGAAUAUUCUUAUUUUAACUCAUGAGGCAAGACUUUCAGCUAAGCUAUUUUGAGGGUUUUAACUUGUAACAUGAAUGUUUAGGAAAGAAAUGUCACUUUCAUAAAAAUGCAUGACUUGCAGAAACAAAA